GUUUUCAGGCAGCGAAGUAAAAUGCGCACUGCAUUCGAGUGCUCGGAGCGAACACACGGGCUCUGCUAGAAGCACUGCGUAAAACUGCAGAACCCGGACUUUUGAUUGGCGGAGAAAGUCAGAGUCAAAAAAGUGUAGUCAGGAAACAGCUCGGAUUUCAGGGGGGAGUGACACUCGAGGGGGUUGGAGAGAGAGUGAGUGGGGACGUAAGACGAGGAAAAAAAACUCAGUAAACCUGACAAAGCGUCUGAGAACAGAACUCAGGAUUCUCGGAGGGGUAGACGAUCUGCCGUGAGGAAUCCUCGAAGUUUAUGGAUUUUGGGUCUGUUUGGGAGGACGUCUAAUCGUUCUUUUGCCCAACACUUUCGUCAGUCCAAGGCUGCAUAUCUUCUCGUUUUAGAUGAAGCUUGCAGAACCAAGGAAUUUGACAACUUUUGGUGAUUGGUGAAGAGGAUAAAAAGUUCCGCGGACGUAUGUUUUUCAAACUGUCUCUGGGAUUUACAAAACAUUCCAGGAUUCAUGCGGCAUAUUGAUCAUGAGAAGCUUUCGGAAUUCCUGCGUUGUUCUGUCGUGAUUUGAAUCGUACAUCUCCGGAUUUUUCGGGAGUUAGGAAUUCGUUGCUUGGCAUUUUUGCUAGAGUUUGGGAGACGUCGCCCCGUCGGGACUACACAUUCUUCUUGCGAUCCGGCCCAUGCACUCGCCUGGCUCCUCCGUGCAUGCGGAUCGCGUCCCGAAAGUGUUUGGUCCGCCGAGUCCAGGUGUUUGGAGGAAAUUCCAGUGAGUGACAGGCCAGACCUCCUGCAGUUCAUGUUUGGGCGGAGUUCGUCAGAUGGGAUCAGUGUCCAGGGGGAGGCCGAGGAAGGGGUUAUGGGUAAACGCACCCUCCAUUAACGGGAUGUCCACCGGAUGGGCGUGGCUGCUGGGAGCGCUUCUCCUGUCCCUGGCCACCGUCUCCGUGGCUCGGCCACCUUUCCACGCAACGGAGGAAGAAGAGGCCACGUUGGAGCCUGAAGAGACGCCGACCAAAUACCAAAUCUCUAAGCCCACGCUGUGCUCUGUGCCGCCGGGCGAGCUGCUGCGGCUGAGCUGCCCGCUGCCCGAGGCGGCCGCCAUCUCCUGGACCAAAGACGGCUCGGCGCUGGGGCUAGACAACCGCACGCUCAUCCAGCAGGAGCUGCUGCAGAUCCGCGAUGCCGUGCCCACAGACUCGGGCCUGUACGCGUGCAGCGCGCUGGGGGUGCAGGGCGGACAGACGCUCUGCUUCAUAGUGAAUGUGACAGAUGCCAUCUCGUCAGGCGAUGACGAAGACGACACGGAACGCUCAGAAGACGUUGGCGCGGACGGAGAACAGAUACGAGUGCCUUACUGGACGAUGCCGGAGAAAAUGGAGAAGAGGUUGCAUGCGGUGCCGGCGGCCAACACUGUCAAGUUCCGCUGCGCGGCGGGAGGGAAUCCCAAGCCCAAGAUGCGCUGGCUGAAGAACGCCAGACCGUUCCGGCAGGAGGACCGUAUGGGCGGAUACAAGGUGCGGCAGCAGCACUGGACCCUCAUCAUGGAGAGCGUGGUGCCGUCAGAUAAGGGCAACUACACCUGCUUAGUGGAGAACGAGUACGGCGGCAUCAACCACACCUACACGCUGGACGUAGUCGAACGUUCUCCACACCGGCCCAUCCUUCAGGCGGGUCUGCCAGCAAACACCACGGUGCAUGUGGGGCAGGAUGCUAAGUUUGUGUGUAAGGUCUACAGCGACGCCCAGCCGCACAUUCAGUGGCUGCAGCACAUCACUAAGAACGGCAGCCGAUACGGCCUCGACGGACACCCCUACGUGCGGGUCCUCAAGACCGCAGGUGUUAACACCACGGACAAAGAAAUCGAAGUCCUCUACUUGCCCAAUGUCACUGUUACGGAUGCGGGCGAGUACACGUGUUUGGCGGGUAAUUCUAUUGGGAUCUCCUAUCACACUGCUUGGUUGACGGUGCUUCCAGCCAUCGAGGAGAGCUCUCCCCCUACCUUCCCUCCGGACUACGUGGAGAUCGCCAUCUACUGCAUCGGUGUCUUCCUCAUCGCCUGCAUGGUGGUGAUCGUGUUGGUGUGCCGCAUGCGCACCUCCACCAAGAAGCCCGACUUCGGCGGCCAGCCGGCCGUCCACAAACUCAGCAAGCAGAUUCCUCUGCGCCGCCAGGUAACAGUGUCGUCGGACUCUAGCUCCUCCAUGAACUCUAGUACGCCGCUCGUGCGCAUCACUACGAGACGGAGCUCCGCACACGACGACCCCAUACCCGAGUAUGACCUCCCCGAGGACCCGCGCUGGGAGUUCUCCAGAGACAAGCUGACGCUGGGGAAGCCGUUAGGCGAGGGCUGCUUUGGACAGGUGGUCAUGGCUGAGGCUUUGGGCAUCGAUAAAGACAAAGCCAAGGAGGCCGUCACUGUAGCUGUGAAGAUGCUCAAAGUGGGCAAGUCUUUACGCGUGCAUCGUUCCUUCUCUCCCUGCUUCCCAGAUGACGCCACAGAGAAGGAUCUGUCGGAUUUGGUCUCUGAGAUGGAGAUGAUGAAGAUGAUUGGAAAACACAAGAACAUCAUUAACUUGCUGGGGGCGUGCACGCAAGAUGGCCCUCUGUAUGUGAUUGUGGAGUAUGCGUCGAAGGGAAACCUGCGGGAGUACCUGCGGGCGCGACGGCCUCCGGGGAUGGAGUACUCCUACGACAUCAGCCGCGUCUCCGACGAGCAGCUCACCUUCAAGGACCUGGUGUCCUGCACCUACCAGGUGGCCCGGGGCAUGGAGUACCUGGCCUCGCAAAAGUGCAUACACAGGGACCUGGCAGCCCGGAACGUUCUGGUCACCGAGAGCAAUGUGAUGAAGAUCGCCGACUUCGGCCUGGCCAGAGACGUGCACAACAUUGAUUACUACAAAAAGACCACCAACGGUCGUCUCCCCGUGAAAUGGAUGGCUCCGGAGGCACUGUUCGACCGAGUUUACACACACCAGAGUGACGUCUGGUCAUUCGGGGUGCUGAUGUGGGAGAUCUUCACCCUGGGGGGCUCGCCGUACCCGGGCAUCCCGGUGGAGGAGCUCUUCAAGCUGCUGAAAGAGGGCCACCGCAUGGACAAGCCCGGCAACUGCACCAACGAGCUGUACAUGAUGAUGAAAGACUGUUGGCACGCUAUCUCCUCUCAGAGGCCCACCUUUAAGCAGCUGGUGGAGGACCUGGACCGGAUCCUCACCCUGGCAACCAACGAGGAGUAUCUGGACCUGCGUGCUCCUCCUGAGCAGUACUCCCCCAGCUUCCCCGACACACACAGUUCCUGCUCCUCCGGGGACGACUCCGUCUUCUCCCACGACCCGCUGCCGGACGAGCCCUGCCUGCCCAAGUAUCAGCAUAUCAGCUCCAAAACAUGAGAGUGCCCCCUACAGGAGGAAAUAAGCAACUACACGGACACGUGCCCCAGACAGACAUGCUUCCCCCUGGACUGGAACUUGAAGCACAAGCUCCAUGGGGCACCACCCUGACAACCCCCCCGCCCCCCACCACCUCCCUCAUUUCAACACAAGCCAAUACGUACCUCUACCCACCCAAUGCGUUUUCACUCAACAGUACCUCUUGUAUUCCUUAAUCUUACACCCUCACGUACUUCAUAUGAAUGUACAUACAGAAAUGUAUAACGCACACACACACAAACACACACACAUACACACACACUUGCUGCUCUCUCCUCGUUUCACCCAUGUUGACUCUUGAUGGACUUAUGGAGUUCGGUUGUAAGGGUGAGGAGGGGACAGUGCUGCUGUUGAACUCUGAACUAAAGCGUGCUAAAGACACACACACUCUCACACACACAAACACACACACACACACACACACACACACAAAGACAUAAACUUUUUUGUGACCAAGCUCUUAUAGGAGAGGACAGGGAUCAGCCUGAUGUUCUACAUCACUGACUGAAAGAGAGGCUGUUCACAAGGUCUGGCCAAUCGCCCUGUCCUUUUUUUCCUUUUUAUUUUUGUUUGUUUGUUUGUUUGUUUGUUUGUUUAUUUGUCAUUGUCGUCAGAUUUUUUUUUUCCUACCAUCGUUCCAUUCCGUUGGCUGGCAUUCCAAGAUUCCCUGCUCGGCUAGGAGGAUGAAGAAAGACCACAACGAACAAAGGAGGGCAAAAAAAAAAAGAGAAAACAAAUCAAAGGGACUAAACAGAGAAACAGUAGAAUUAGGACAAGUGUGAACAUGGAGAGGUAAAACUAACAGAG